UUUUAUCUUCCUCUUUGCUCGUUGUUUCCCCCUCAUAACAGAACAUCACUCUGCAAGUUCACGAGUCCUCGCCUUUCGAGGCUCCUCUUUAUCUCUCUCCCCUUUGCUUCUCUCACAAGACAAACAUUAAACCCGUCUUGUCCUCUAUAAAAUCCAAGCUUCCUUCUCUCUCUUCUGCUCUCUGCAAUCCAAAACAUCGCUCUGUCCCUUCUAUCUCUUCUGUAGUCUCCAUUAUAUGCUCUCUCUCUCCUCUGGUCUUUGUAUUUUGAUUCAUUCCCUCUCUCUCUUCCAUACCUUCUUAUUUCAUUUCUUUUGGGGAUUGGAUUUUUAGAGAGAGAAUGGAUGUUCAAGGGAGGAAGAACAGGGAAGCAAGUCCAGACAGGGCCAAGAUUUACAUGCAAUCCAAGACGAAACAGAACAGGAGAGUUCAGAUUUUGUAUUAUCUCUCUAGGAACGGCCAGCUUGAACACCCUCAUUUCAUGGAAGUCGGUCAUCCGGCCACUCAGCAACUCCGCCUUAAAGAUGUGAUGGACAGGCUCACAGUUCUGAGAGGGAAAGGCAUGCCAUCUCUCUUCUCAUGGUCAUGCAAAAGGAACUACAAAAAUGGCUACGUAUGGAACGAUUUAUCAGAGAACGAUAUCAUAUACCCAACGGAAGGAGCAGAGUAUGUACUCAAAGGUUCAGAGUUAAUUGAUGGAUGUUCAGAAAGCAUCCAGCAACUUCAGCUGAGCUCAAGGCAGAUUAACAUAGAAACCAGGGGAAGGAAACAAUUCUCAGAAAACCUAACGCCAAGAAUCUCAAGAGGAGCUUCACCAGAAGUUCAACACAAACAUAUACAAGAAGAGAGAGAAGAAAGGGAAGAGAGAGAAGAAGUUUUGAAACAUCAAAACAAUGGUUGCAGCACUGAGCUGAGCUUAACUGACACUUCUUCGCCACCUUCUUCCUCUUCUACUCUCUCUGAGAAAGCGGAGACAUUAGAAAACCAAUCUAAAAAAAAACCCAUGAUCAAAACCAGUAGGCACUCUGCUAUUUUACAGCUUCUUGCUUGUGGAUCAAUGGCGAUGAAAACCCAUGAAAUGAAAAAGGGGAGAAACCUCUUUCCGCCCAUAAAAAACCAGAGCUUACACAAAAGGGUGGUUUGUAAAACAGCUGCAAAAAAUGCAGUUUUAGAUGAAGAUCUUGAUUAUUUGCCUGAAAACCUUCGGUUUAGGGCCCCUCACCCUGAAGAGAGAGAGUAUUUUAGUGGGAGUAUUGUGGAGAGGGCGCAGGAAAACCAGGACUCUGGGGAGUUGCCUUCUCUCAAGAAAUCGUCUUCCUACAACGAGGAGAGGGCGUCUAAGUCUGGCAUGGCAGAGGCCCUGGGGAAGAGCGAGAAAGGGAGGUGCAUGCCCAGGAAGAGAUCGGUGCAGCGUUAGCACCGCCUUUUACAGAGAGUUUCUCUCUCUACUCUAGAGAGAGAGAGAGAGAGUUUCUCAGGUCUUUGCUCUGUUGUCUCUCUGGUAGGAGGUGUUCUUGAGAGACUUUGUCCAAAAUUUGUGCUCGCUAUGUAAUGAUGAUGGGGUUGACAUUGUGCCCUGCUUUCUCUCUCUAAAAAUUGGAAUGUUAUCGUUAUUACCGUUAGCUAAACGCUACUUUGUCGAAAUUUCGCUA